AUGAGGACGACCUCAUCUGGUGCUCGUGGUAAGGGUGGUAGUAGUGGUGGUGGUGGUCAGGCUGGUCAGGGUGCUGCCGCCGGAGGGACACCGGCGUCCACGGAACAACAAGAGUGUGAAGGAGACAAAAUACUGCAGCGGCCAUCUAACACACUGUAUGUGGUUCCUCCUAAUGAUAACGAAUGGAACAAGUGGAAGCAAGUGUUGGAGGAAUUUAAGGAAUAUAUGGAUGAACACAACGACCUCGCGGAUGCCAUAGGGGCAAACUGCUAUAAUAGUGGUUGGAAUGAUUUCAACGACGGGAAAGACUAUCAUACGGGGCAAACCGUAGCCGAUGUCAUACGGUGCAGAGUUAUGAGCGUUGCAUGGGCCUUUGCAAAUGGGUGGCAUACGGGUGCAAACGCGACGCAGGCGGGCGUGCACAUGAAUGAGGAAGAACAGAAUAUGUUCAGAUGUGAAGUAGUGAAUGUAUUUGGACAUCUACUGAAAAAGAUGUACUGUACAGAUAAGAGAGGCUACAAGAGAGGUGUCGAGUAUUCCAGGAUAGCAUUCAAGAGUAUGAAGAGCGCGGGCACAAAUGGAACUGGAGUACUCGGGGGUCCCGUUAUAGAUGGAAAAUGCACAGCUUGUGGAUAUACAGGAUAUAAGAGGCUAGCGCGAGCAAUAAAUUUGCCUGUACUGGAGUGGUUCUUGUACGACGCGCACAUAUUGCAAGGAAUCGAGAAUAUAGAAGGCCGCGCGAACU